GCACAAGCCUAGCCCGGGCGAGCGGCCGCCACCUGCCCGGCGCCGCCUCCCGCCCCACCGCGGCCCAAGUUGGAUGGAGUUGGGGUCCUGAGCGCCUGCCCCCCGCAGCCCGCCAGCAGAGAGCCCCGCGCCGCCACCUCGCUCUGGGACCCCGUCUCGGCUCCUCUCCGCUCCCGCCAUGGGAAAAGUUGGCGCCGGCCGCGGCUUCCCGGCCCGCCUGAGCGCGCUCCUCGCCGGCGCGGGGCUCUUGGUUCUCUGCGCCCCCGGCGCCUGCAGCAGCGGCUCUUGCUGCGCCCCACCGCACCCCAGCUCGACCUCGCGCGGGGCACCGACCUCUCGGGGCUUUUCUCGUCAGGGGCUGCCAGGCAGGGCUCCUGCCACGCCCCUGCCCCUCCUAGUGCGUCCCCUGUUCACGGUGGCCCCCGGGGACCGAGUGCUGUCCCUGGAGCGGGCCCGGGGCACUGGUGCGUCCGUGGCGGUCGCAGCACGCUCUGGCCGGAGGAGACGGAGCGAAGGGGACCAGGAGAAAGCAGAACGGAAAGAGGGCUCGAGUAGGAGCCCCCGGGGAGUGCUAAGAGACGGAGGGCAGCAGGAGCCUGGGACUCAGGAGCGGAACCCGGACAAAGCCACCCGCUUCCGGAUGGAGGAGCUGAGACUGACCAGCACCACGUUUGCGCUGACGGGCGACUCAGCACACAACCAAGCCAUGGUCCACUGGUCCGGCCACAACAGCAGCGUGAUUCUCAUCUUGACAAAGCUCUACGACUAUAACCUGGGGAGCAUCACCGAGAGCUCACUUUGGAGGUCAACCGAUUAUGGAACAACCUAUGAGAAGCUGAAUGAUAAAGUUGGUUUGAAAACGAUUUUAAGCUAUCUCUAUGUGUGUCCUACCAACAAGCGUAAGAUUAUGUUACUCACAGACCCGGAGAUUGAGAGCAGCUUGCUGAUCAGCUCAGAUGAAGGGGCAACCUACCAAAAGUACCGGCUGAAUUUCUACAUCCAGAGCUUGCUUUUUCACCCCAAGCAAGAGGACUGGAUUCUGGCCUACAGUCAAGACCAAAAGUUAUACAGCUCUGCUGAAUUUGGGAGAAGGUGGCAGCUUAUCCAGGAAGGGGUCAUACCAAACAGGUUCUACUGGUCCGUCAUGGGGUCCAACAAGGAACCAGACCUCGUGCAUCUCGAGGCCAGAACUAUGGAUGGUCAUUCACAAUAUCUAACUUGCCGAAUGCAGAACUGCACAGAGACUAACAGAAAUAAACCCUUUCCAGGCUACAUUGACCCAGACUCUUUGAUUGUCCAAGAUGAUUACGUGUUUGUUCAGCUGACUUCAGGAGGCCGGCCACAUUACUACGUGUCCUACCGAAGGAACGCAUUUGCCCAAAUGAAGCUUCCGAAGUACGCUUUGCCCAAGGACAUGCAUGUCAUCAGCACAGAUGAGAACCAAGUGUUCGCAGCGGUCCAAGAAUGGAACCAAAACGACACGUACAACCUCUAUAUCUCAGACACCCGUGGUAUCUACUUCACCCUGGCCUUGGAGAACGUCCAGAGCAGCAGAGGCCCCGAGGGCAAUGUCAUGAUUGACCUCUAUGAGGUAGCAGGGAUAAAGGGAAUGUUCUUGGCUAACAAGAAGAUUGACAACCAAGUGAAGACUUUCAUCACGUAUAACAAAGGCAGAGACUGGCGUUUGCUGCAGGCACCAGACACGGAUCUAAGGGGGGACCCCGUGCGCUGCUUGCUGCCCUAUUGUUCACUACAUCUUCACCUGAAGGUCUCUGAGAACCCCUACACAUCUGGGAUCAUUGCCAGCAAAGACACAGCUCCCAGCAUCAUAGUGGCAUCAGGUAACAUAGGUUCUGAAUUGUCAGACAGCGACAUCAGCAUGUUUGUCUCUUCAGAUGCAGGGAACACUUGGAGGCAGAUCUUUGAAGAAGAACACAGUGUUUUAUACCUGGAUCAAGGCGGAGUCCUGGUUGCUAUGAAACACACAUCUCUCCCAAUUCGACAUCUUUGGUUGAGUUUUGAUGAAGGGAGAUCUUGGAGCAAAUACAGUUUCACAUCUAUUCCACUUUUUGUGGAUGGGGUUCUGGGGGAACCUGGAGAAGAGACUCUUAUCAUGACAGUGUUUGGACACUUCAGCCACCGCUCUGAAUGGCAGCUGGUCAAAGUGGACUACAAGUCCAUCUUUGACAGACGGUGUGCCGAGGAGGACUACAGACCUUGGCAGCUGCACAGCCAGGGGGAAGCAUGCAUCAUGGGAGCGAAAAGGAUCUAUAAGAAGCGAAAGUCAGAGCGGAAGUGUAUGCAAGGAAAAUACGCAGGAGCUAUGGAGUCUGAACCCUGUGUCUGCACAGAGGCUGAUUUUGACUGUGACUAUGGUUAUGAGCGACACAGCAAUGGCCAGUGUCUGCCGGCAUUUUGGUUCAAUCCAUCCUCUCUGUCAAAGGACUGCAGCUUGGGACAGAGUUACCUCAAUAGUACUGGGUAUAGAAAGGUGGUUUCCAAUAACUGCACUGAUGGCGUAAGGGAACAGUACACUGCCAAGCCACAGAAGUGUCCAGGAAAGGCCCCCCGGGGGCUCCGGAUCGUCACGGCUGAUGGAAAACUGACAGCAGAACAAGGGCACAACGUUACUCUCAUGGUGCAAUUGGAAGAGGGCGACGUUCAGCGGACGCUCAUCCAGGUGGACUUCGGCGACGGUAUCGCAGUGUCUUACGUCAAUCUGAGCUCCAUGGAAGAUGGGAUCAAACACGUCUAUCAGAACGUGGGCAUUUUCCGAGUGACCGUGCAGGUGGACAACAGUCUGGGGUCUGACAGCGCCGUCCUGUACUUACAUGUAACUUGUCCCCUGGAGCACGUGCACCUCUCUCUUCCCUUUGUCACCACAAAGAACAAAGAAGUCAACGCGACGGCAGUGCUGUGGCCCAGCCAAGUGGGCACCCUGACUUACGUGUGGUGGUACGGAAACAACACGGAGCCCUUGAUCACCCUGGAGGGAAGCAUAUCAUUCAAGUUUACUUCGGAAGGAAUGAAUACCAUCACGGUGCAGGUCUCAGCUGGGAACGCCAUCCUACAGGACACGAAGACCAUCGCAGUGUACGAGGAAUUCCGGUCUCUUCGCUUGUCCUUUUCUCCAAACCUGGAUGACUACAACCCAGAUAUCCCUGAGUGGAGGAGGGACAUCAGCCGAGUCAUCAAAAAAUCCCUGGUGGAAGCCACGGGGGUUCCAGCCCAGCACAUCUUGGUGGCGGUGCUCCCUGGCUUACCCACUGCUGCCGAGCUCUUUGUCUUGCCCUAUCAGGAUCCAACGGGAGAAAACAAAAGGUCAGCAGACGAUCUGGAGCAGAUAUCGGAAUUACUGAUCCAGAAGCUCAACCAAAACUCAGUACACUUUGAGCUGAAGCCAGGGGUGCAAGUCUUUGUCCACGCAGCCCACUUAACAGCAGCGCCACUGGUGGACCUCACUCCAGCCCACAGUGGAUCCGCCAUGCUGAUGCUGCUCUCAGUGGUGUUUGUGGGGCUGGCGGUGUUCGUCAUCUACAAGUUUAAAAGGAAGAUCCCGGGGAUUAAUGUUUAUGCCCAGAUGCAGAAUGAGAAAGAACAAGAGAUGAUCAGUCCAGUCAGUCACUCUGAAAGCAGGCCCAAUAUCCCUCAGACUGAACUAAGGAGGCCUGGCCAGCUUGUAGAUGAGAAGGUGGAAUCACAGCUCAUAGGUAAAUGAUUCCUUAGCCAUUAGCUGUUCAGCCUGAGUAGGCAAUGGCUGACUCUCUCCCUAACCCCUUUCUGGCUUGACAUAACCACUUUCUUCUUCUCUAACACCCCUAAGAGAAAUAGCUAAGAUGCCUCUUUCCCUGCUUCUUUCCAUCAGGAUGAAAAAAAUUUUCUUGUGCCUAUCUAGUUUUUUUCUCUCAUUAGUUUAUUCCUCUUUUUGCAAAAACUCUCCCUAAAACAUUGGGCUUCAAAUGAUUAUGGCAAAGAACAAAGCAUUGGCUCUAACAAUACACAAGAAAGAAAGGCCUCAGAGGCUGGGGCUGGUGGACCCGAAGGCCAGACAAGGUUUGAGGGAUAGGAUGUGUAUUGAUGAAAACCAAACAUGGCGGCCCCCAGCAGAUGCAG